CUGUGGCCGAGCGUCUCUUCUCCCUCCCCCUCCUCGCGCCACUGUGACAGUUUCUCCGUCGGCUGCUCUACCUGCGAUCCUUUCUAGAUCCUUCGUAACAAGGUUUCUCAGACCCUAGGCGUUAGCAGCGUCGGGUUGGCCCCGGAGCCCCAAGCGAAGGCUACGUCUUGCACUCCUCUAUCCACCGAACGAGGUCCGACGAAGUGAUCUCCUGGGGAGAUAGCAGCAGAAGCUACAAUGUUUAACUUCUUCCGAAAGCGGCCUGAGCCUAAGAAACCCUCAGUAGCAGAGACAGAAGCAGAUGGAUUUAUCUUUAUAGAUUCUGACUGCUCUGAGAAGAUUUGCAUUAACUCAUGUGGUGGUCACUCCCUAGGAUGUUUCUCUGGGUCUCCUCUUGCAGGAGAUACAACAAAUGAGCUACAAAGUAAAACUUCUGAGGUAGAAGGCAACCAACCUUCAGAGACCAGCAAAGAAAACUCAUCCAGUAUGACUGUAGCAAGCCCUGAGAUGGAAAAUAAGGCAGGCCAGAUGCUGGAGAACAGCUCACUGAUGGUAGAGCUCCUGAGCGACGUACCCUUCACCUUGGCCCCUCAUGUGCUGGCAGUGCAGGGCACCAUCAGCGACCUUCCUGACCACUUACUCUCCUAUGAUGUCAGCGAGAACCUGUCACGAUUUUGGUAUGAUUUCACUCUUGAAAACUCAGUGCUCUGUGAUUCGUAAUCUUCAUGUCUGUUUGUACCUAAGCUUUAAAAAAACAAAAAAAAUUACCUAUUUUAUUGAACCUGUUUGAUGUUCUUGACAGUUCACUCUUUAAAGGCCUACAGACAAGCAAGGAUCAUAAAGCCAAUAAAAUAGCAUUAUUUUCAAAGCCAACUUGUAUAAAAUUUAACUUCAGUUCUACUUCUGUCCCCCCAUGUAAUAAAUAUAAAAAUGAAGCUAUCAAGGUUUUAUGAGAAGAAUAGGUUGCUACAGCUGCUCUCUCAAAGUACUGUGAAUGUGACUUGAAGCUUUUGCCUGGGUUAUCACAACUUAGCCUGAGCUUAGAAUGAAUGGUAAGUCUUUUCUGAUUUUGAAAAAAGUUGAGUCUGUUAUUCCAUUUUUUUCUGCCAUAGUGUCUAUGAAUGAGUUCAGAAAGUUUCCCUUUACUUCCUUCAGUCCCAAAGUAGACAAAGUGAUGUGGAAACUUAAAACCUGUCCUAAACACAGUUACAAUGUGCCAGCAUAGGACUGUUCUAAACCAUUUGCAAGCUGUUUGUUGAGUGGCACAUUUCCAUUUUCUUAGACCCAGAGCAGCCCUUCCCACCUGUGUGAUUCUGGCCUUCUUAUUCUCUGACUUUCCACCCCUUCCCAGCAUGCUUUCUCACCAUCCUUCCAAAGAACUUUGCUUCUGCCUCAGUUGGCAUCUGCUCUCCUUACCACAUAUGUUUCUAGUUUGUGGAGGAGCCACAUUUCCUUCAACCUCUCAGCCUCCUAAAGAAAAUCAUCUCAGAAUGAUACUUAUUAUUGCUGAUCAUUAUCUAUAAAUUUUUUGGCCACAAUGCAGGUGGAAAGAUUUUACUAGUAUACAUACUCAACUCAUUUCCAAUUAAAGUGUAGGCAAAACACCUAGGUAAGACUUUUAGUUUUUAUUUAUUCCAAGUAAAACUGAGAGUUGCCAUUGGUCAGUAAGCUUAAAGGGAAGAUUGGCAUAUUGUGAUAGGGAAUUUUCUAUGCCAUGGAAAAUAUAAGUUGCAUUUAUUUAAUUAGUAGAAUAUGAUUUGCUGAUUUGGUGCCAAACUUGUAAGCAUAUUUUUUCA